AUGGAGGGCAAGUCUGUAGAUGGAGACCUGGAGGGACAUGGAGGGCAAGUCUUUUUUAAGAGUAAAAACAUCUAUCUUGAUCUUUUUUGCAUCAGGUUGGACAGGAAGUGGCUUCUCUGGCACGACUUCAUGAAGGAACACGCUCACCUGGACGCUUGGCUGCGAUUGGCCGAGCAGGCCGUGGCCUCCCCAAGCCCCGCCCACUUCACCUACACCACAGCCAAGGAGGAGCUGAGGAGGUUUGAGAGGCUUCGAAGUGAAGCCGGAUCUCGACUCGUCCAGUUGGACAGUUUGACCCGAAGUAACCGAACUUUAACUCGGAUGUUUGACGGAGUCAUGAGGACUCGUCUGCUGAGUUCAGCCGGAGAAUGUGGACGGAGAUGGGACGACGUGAACCAGAAGCUGGAGUCCAUCACGGCUGGACUGAAGCUGUUAGUUUCAGAGUGGGAGGAGUUUGAAGCUCAGGGGGCGGAGCUUACACUCUGGUUGGCCGACAUGGACGUCCGUCUGACUGAGGUGGACCACCUGACAGGAAGUUCCUGUGAAAAGCUGCGACAACUGCAGCUCCAGCAGUGUGUGUGCGUGAACUCCGCUCGUGUCGGUGCUCUGCUGAGUCGUGGGGAGGAUCUAAUCCAACGAAGCUCCGCCUCCGGCCAGCAGGUGGAGCUCCGCCUCCUGGAGCUGCUGAGACGCUGCAGCAACGUUUACAACAACAUCGCAAGAACACACACACGACUGUUGAGCAUGAGACUGGUGUUUGAGGACGACUGGAUUCUGUCUCAGGCUACAGACUCUGGUUGUCCGUCAGAAAAUCCACCAGAAGAAGAGGAAGUGGUUGACAAACAUCUCCUGGACCUCCCUGCAACUUCAACACAUCCUAAAGACCCUCCGUCCUCUCCUACCCAUGAGCACCUGGGGCUGGAGUGGGACCCCUCGGUGGACGUGGGCCGCUCCGUUUCCCGUGACGACGCCGAUUCGUCGUACUUCAGCGCCUGUACAGGUCGUUGCCGCGGAGACGGCCUGAAGAGGCGGAGCUACCUCAGCUGCUCCGACUCUCGUUCUGACAUCAGCAAUGACGUCACAAAUCAGGAAGUGGAGCUGGGUUGGGAGAGUUGGCCCGACCACUCCCGUUCAUUCUCACCUGUCGCCACCGGAAAGGACCAAUGGACGACCUCGACUCCCGACAGGCAGAGCAGCGAGCCAAUCUGCUUCGAUGGAGGCCGAGUGAAGGCGUGGCUUAGAGUCCAGAGCUCCGCCCCCUCAGGACGUCCUUCCUGUUCUAAAGCUGUGCAGACCAAAGAGGAGAAGGUGGAGUGUUUCCUGGACGGAAGUUACCUCGACAACCAGCUCAAUCCCCAACGCUGCCAUGACAACACACAGGUGCUCUUUCCUGACCCCGCCCCUUUCCUGUCACAUGACCCGAGAGUCAAAGCCUCCUCUGAUUGGUCAGUCGUUCAGGCCGAAGAAGAACCGUCCUGCUGGGAAGAAACCGAACAAAGGAGGCCCCGGUCCUCCUGGUUCCAUCCGGCCCUCCUCUCCGUCCUCCUGGUCCUGCUGGCCAGUCUGAUCUGGAUCCUCCUGAAUCCUCCGUGUCACCGUAGCAACCGGAUGCAGCGCAGCUUCCACCUGAUGCUGAGAUACGUCAACGGGCCGCCGCCGACCUGAAACCGACCAGAGUCAGAACCGCUAAAGUCCGACUCAAACAGCAGAAUCUGACAUAAAUCUGCAGGAUUAUAAAGUUUCUAGAUUUAAUUUCCAUCUCCGUCCACGUCGCCAACAACAAAAUAAGCUCAAGUUAAAAAAUUAAACUCAGGAUCAGGAUUGCUUUACAGCAACUCCUGUUUAAAUGCCUGCUUUUUUCAAUUCUAAUGACUAAAAAGCACCAAAAGUACUUUUUUUUUUUUUUUUUUAAAGAAGAAAGGAGUAUUUUUCAAGUAAAUUCAGACAGUUGUGAGUUUUUCUACUGUUUGUCACUUUUCAGAUUCCUGUAGCAGCAUCAAAACAAAACAACUUUAUUUUCUGUUAGAUAACGCUGAAAAAAUCUCAUGUUCGUAUUUCUUAAAAAAUCUGCAGGAUUAUAAAGUUUCCAGAUCUAAUUUCCAUCUCUAUCCACAUCGCCAACAACAAAAUAAGCUCACGUUUAAAAAAAUAAGCCUGUUUAGAUGCCUGCUAAUGACAAAAAAAUCCAUUUUUAAGAAGAAAGGAGUGCUUUUCAAGUACAUUCAGA